AUGUAUCACGAAAUGGCAUUGCUCACUGGGAAUGCAGACCCUGAGUUCAGCUCCCGCUCCUUCAACAACUUGGAAAACCUGUGUGAAGUGCAAACCAAGAAAGGAUUCUUCUACAAAAAGGCCAAACUUCUGCAUGCUGGAGAAGACCUGUGCUGCUUAGCCCGCUUGGAUGACCGGUCCAGGUUUGUGAUCAUCAACGUAGGUGGUAUUAAGUAUAAAAUUCCCUGGACCACCUUGGAGAACUGCCCCUUGACCAGGCUUGGGAAGCUAAAAUCUUGCAACAAUUAUGAUGAGAUCAUGGACAUCUGCGAUGAUUAUGAUGUUAGCUGCAAUGAAUUUUUUUUUGACCGUAAUCCUAGUGCCUUCAGAACCAUCAUGACAUUCCUGACAGCCGGGAAGCUGAGGCUUCUCAGGGAGAUGUGUGCUCUUUCGUUCCAGGAGGAGCUUGUGUACUGGGGGAUAGAAGAGGACCACCUGGAGUGGUGCUGUAAAAAGAGAUUGCGACAGAAAGAGGAAGAGGCAGCUGAGGCCAGGCUGUUUGAAAGGGAGAUGGUAUUUAAUGAAGCUACGCAAUGUGCCUUCCAGGACAGCAGCCGACUGAGUUUGUGCAUGAGGAAGCUCAGGGAUAUGGUGGAGAACCCCCACUCAGGGAUCCCAGGAAAGAUCUUUGCUUGUAUUUCAAUAUCCUUUGUUGCCAUCACUGCUGUCAGCCUCUGCAUCAGCACCAUGCCAGAUGUCAGAGAAGAAGAGGAUCGGGGUGAAUGCUCACAAAAGUGCUACGACAUCUUUGUGCUGGAGACGGUGUGUGUGGCGUGGUUUUCCUUUGAGUUCCUGCUGCGAUCCAUCCAGGCAGAAAACAAGUGUGCUUUCCUGAAAACCCCGCUCAACAUCAUCGACAUCCUGGCCAUUCUGCCUUUCUACGUCUCUCUCAUUGUGGAUGUGGUUUCCACAAAAAACAGCAGCAAGCCUGGCGGGGGAGCUGGGAACAAGUACCUGGAGCGCGUGGGGCUGGUGCUGCGCUUCCUGCGGGCGCUGCGCAUCCUGUACGUGAUGAGGCUGGCGCGGCACUCGCUGGGGCUGCAGACGCUGGGGCUCACCGUGCGCCGCUGCACGCGCGAGUUCGGGCUGCUCCUGCUCUUCCUCUGUGUCGCCAUGGCCCUCUUCUCGCCGCUGGUCUACUUGGCUGAGAGCGAACUGGGAGCCAAGCAAGAGUUCACCAGCGUCCCCACCAGCUACUGGUGGGCUGUGAUCUCCAUGACAACUGUUGGCUACGGGGACAUGGUGCCCCGUAGCAUCCCCGGACAGGUGGUAGCCCUGAGCAGUAUCUUGAGUGGGAUUUUGCUGAUGGCUUUCCCAGUCACGUCCAUCUUUCAUACCUUUUCCCGUUCCUACAGCGAGCUGAAGGAGCAGCAGCAGCGAGUAGCCAGCAGGCAGGUGCGCCAGUGGCAAGAGAACACUGAGUUCUCAGGUGGUGACAGUACAAGGGGGCUCAGUGCCACAUUCCCACCAAGUGCUGGUGAGCAGGAGGGUCUGCCCUUGGCAGGCCAGUAAGCCAAGAGAAGUUCUUGACCCUGAAGACCUGAGGACAUACAUUGGCAGCACAAGAUGCAGUGGACAGGGGAGGUCAGUUCUGCAAGAAUACCUUGAACUGCAUAAAUGAGGGGCAGACACACGC